UUCUUUAAACAUUGUGUUAAUUCUAAGAUUCCAAUAAGAUUUGCCUUUUUUUAACUAUCUCAAGAACGAGUCCAUUAAUCGAUCUUAAUUAUAGUAUUUCUUCACCACCAACUUUGAUUCUUGAACAACAUGAAGAGAACUCGAUCUCAAACCAAUUCCAAAUCCAACACAGAACCCCCAAUCAAAACCCUAACCUCUUCAAAAAUCCCAUUCCCCGUUAAAAAAGUCCCCAAACUCACCAUCAAAACCAAACAACCACAUCUUCAUCUCCCCGUAACACCACCACCACCAACAAUCCCAAAACCAUUAUCAUCACACGGCGAACUCCAAUCCGCUCUCAACCACCUUCGCUCCGCCGACCCACUCCUAUCAACCAUCAUCAACACUUUCCCUUCCCCACAAUUCUCAACCAACAUCACACCCUUCUUUUCUCUCAUCAAAAGCAUAAUCUCCCAACAACUCUCCAACAAAGCCGCAUCCUCGAUCGAAAACCGUUUCAUCUCUCUCUUUCAGAACCAAUCCUCAAUCCUCCCCGACGCCGUUUUAUCCUUUUCCCCAAACCACCUUCGCCAGGUCGGAAUCUCGGGACCGAAAGCAACUUACAUUCACGACCUUUCCUCCAAAUACGCUAAUGGCUUUCUGUCUGAUUCAUCGAUUCUCGAAAUGGAUGAUGAAACACUGUACGAGAAAUUAACGUCGGUUAAAGGGAUUGGACCUUGGUCGGUUCAUAUGUUUAUGAUUUUUACACUUCAUCGUCCUGAUGUUUUGCCGGUUGGGGAUCUUGUUGUGAGGAGAGGUGUGGAAAAGUUGUAUGGUCUUAAGGGUUUGCCUUCACCUUCACAAAUGGAGGUUUUGUGUCAUAAAUGGAAGCCUUAUAGGUCGGUUGGAUCUUGGUAUAUGUAUAGGUUUGUGGAAGCUAAAGGGGUUUUGCCAAAUCCCACUACCACGUUGUGUUAACCAUUUGUUAGUCUAGUUAAUCUUAAUGUUUUUGUAUGCAAUGUUUGUUUCAUGUUCUACUAAGUUCUAACCUCUGCUUUUUGGUUUUUCAUUUUUUGUUUUUGUGUUACUUUUGUUGGCGUUUGAACUUAGGUCUGAUUUGUAAUAGAAUUGAUUAAUGCUGCUUAUCUGA